AAAAGCAGGGAGGCUCUAAGACGCCAGCAGCGGACAGACCCCCGGGAUAUGAGAGGAGCUGGUUGCGCGGCAAAACACGGCAGCCCGCUGGCCUUGACCUAACCCUGUCACCCUCAGAGGAACCCGAGCGGGGCGCACGGUGCCUCCGUGUAAAAUAGAAACAGCCACGGCAGUAACAGCGGGGUAGCGGGCGGUGCACGAAGGGUACAGCCUGCACGGCGAGGGGCGGGGAAGGGAAGUAGUAAGCCAGCAGCGAUCGCCCCGACGGUGCUGCCUCUUUCCUCCCUCUCAGUACCGCUUUGGUGGCGGAGGUAAACGGGGCGUUUGUCCCGGGAAGGCACGGCGGGGCUGGAAGAGCCGCCGGGAGGGAAGGCGCCGCUUCGCCCCGCGCUGCCGGAGUUCGCCCAACUGCUGGCGAUGGCGGGCGGCCCCGCCUGAGAGCACCUGCCGGCAGCCACCGGCUCCCCUCAGCUCUCGACGCCGCCAUGGAGAGCCCCGCGGGCGGCAGCGCUGCCGCGGAGCCGUCGCACCCGUGCGCGGAGCUGGAGCUACCGGCCGCCGGCCCGCCCGAGGUGACAGGAGGAGGGGAGACGGCGGAGGUUAGCCCGGCAACCGCGAGGUCGCGCUGCCUUCGGGCCGUGUACGUGCUGAACGACCCUCCCAAGGUGGGCGCCGGUGCGCGGAGCCCCGAGGGCGGUGCGCGGCAGUGCCUGCUGCGGGCCUGCGAGGCCGAGGGGGCUCAGCUCGGCACGGUCAACUUCGGGGAGCUGGACUUCGGGGAGACUGCGGUGCUGGACGCCUUCUACGACGCGGAUGUUGCAGUUGUGGACAUGAGUGAUAUUUCCAAGCAACCAUCACUGUUCUACCACCUUGGUGUGCGUGAAAGCUUUGACAUGGCUAAUAAUGUUAUACUCUACCAUGACACUGAUGCUGACACUGCUCAGUCUCUCAAAGAUAUGGUAUCUCAGAAAAACACAGUUGCCAACCACAAAGCUUUUCUUCGGGUUCAAGUACCUCCUGAAUACCACAGUGGUUAUCUGAUAGACAAAGCUUCCAGUGGUAAUUAUUACUUUAUUCCAUACAUCGUCACACCUUCUGCUGACUACUUUUGCUGUGAAAGUGAUGCCCAGCGAAGAGCUUCUGAGUAUAUGCAGCCCAGCUGGGACAAUAUCCUGGGGCCACUAUGUGUCCCCCUGGUGGACAAGUUUAUCAGCCUUCUCAAGGAUGUCCAUGUUACAUCGUGUGCCUAUUAUAAAGAAACGCUGCUGAAUGAUAUUAGAAAAGCUAGAGAGAAGUAUCAAGGAGAUGAACUGGCUAAGGAGCUGGCUAGGAUUAAGCUUCGUAUGGAUAACACUGAAGUGCUGACUUCUGACAUUGUCAUAAACCUGCUUCUUUCUUACAGAGAUAUUCAGGACUAUGAUGCUAUGGUGAAGCUGGUAGAAACACUAGAAAUGCUUCCUACCUGUGAUCUGGCUGAUCAACACAACAUCAAAUUUCAUUAUGCUUUUGCAUUGAAUAGAAGAAAUAAUGCAGGUGACAGAGAGAAGGCACUACAAGUUAUGCUUCAAGUCCUGCAGACGUGUGAUCACCCUGCUCCCGAUAUGUUUUGCUUAUGUGGGAGGAUCUACAAGGAUAUGUUUCUUGAUUCUGAAUGUAAAGAUACCAGUAGUCGAGACCAUGCCAUUGACUGGUAUCGCAAAGGAUUUGAACUCCAGUCAACUCUGUAUUCUGGAAUUAACCUUGCAAUUUUGCUACUUGUUGCAGGACAACGGUUUGAAAGUUCAAUGGAACUGAGAAAAAUAGGUGUACGGUUAAACAGCUUAUUGGGAAGAAAAGGAAGCCUAGAAAAAAUGAAUAAUUACUGGGAUGUUGGACAGUUCUUCAGUGUGAGCAUGCUGGCUAAUGACGUUGGUAAAGCAGUACAAGCAGCAGAGAAACUUUUUAAGCUGAAACCUCCCAUGUGGUACUUGAAAUCAUUAGUUCAGAAUCUGAUGUUAAUUCAGCGUUUCAAGAAACUCGCCAUAGAACAUCCUCCUAGACAAGAGAGAUUGACUUUCUGGCUAGAUAUAAUUUUUGAGGCAACGAAAGAAACAACUAAUGGCCUGAGAUUUCCAGUUUUGGUGAUAGAACCAACUAAAGUCUACCAGCCUGCAUAUGUUUCAAUCAACAAUGAAGCAGAUGAGAGAUCUCUCUCUUUGUGGCAUGUCUCUCCUACUGAAAUGAAACAGAUUCACGAAUGGAAUUUUACAGCCUCCUCCAUCAGGGGAAUAAGCAUUUCCAAGUUUGAUGAACGAUGUUGUUUUCUUUAUGUCCAUGACAACUCUGAUGACUUUCAAAUCUACUUUUCUACAGAACACCAAUGUAGUAGAUUCUGUGGGUUGGUAAAAGAAAUUUUGUCUGAUGCCAUUGGCAAUACUUUGGAACUAGAGGGAGAAAUAGAUGGAGACACGUUGGAGUAUGAAUAUGAUUAUGAUGAGAAUGGUGACAGGAUAGUUCUAGGGAAAGGUACUUAUGGAAUAGUUUAUGCUGGAAGAGACCUUAGCAACCAGGUCCGAAUAGCCAUCAAAGAAAUACCCGAGAGAGACAGCAGAUAUUCUCAACCUCUUCAUGAAGAGAUAGCACUACAUAAAUAUUUAAAACAUCGGAACAUUGUUCAGUAUCUUGGAUCUGUUUCUGAAGAUGGAUACAUUAAGAUUUUUAUGGAGCAGGUGCCAGGAGGCAGUCUCUCAGCUCUCCUAAGAUCUAAGUGGGGCCCAAUGAAAGAACCUACAAUUAAAUUUUACACCAAGCAGAUUCUGGAAGGCCUUAAGUACCUGCAUGAGAACCAGAUUGUACACAGAGAUAUAAAGGGGGAUAAUGUUUUGGUGAACACCUAUAGUGGUGUGGUGAAGAUAUCUGAUUUUGGUACUUCCAAACGGCUGGCAGGAAUCAGUCCAUGCACCGAAACUUUUACAGGAACCUUGCAGUACAUGGCUCCAGAAAUCAUCGAUAAAGGGCCACGAGGAUAUGGUGCACCAGCAGAUAUCUGGUCACUAGGUUGCACCAUUAUUGAAAUGGCAACAGGCAAACCUCCAUUUCAUGAACUAGGGGAGCCUCAAGCAGCAAUGUUUAAAGUUGGGAUGUUUAAGAUUCAUCCUGAAAUUCCAGAAUCGGUGUCUGCUGAAACAAGGGCCUUUAUUUUGCUCUGUUUUGAACCUGAUCCUAGUAAACGUGUUACAGCAUCUGACUUGCUCAGAGAUUCCUUCCUGAAACAAGUAAACAAGGGCAAGAAAAGCAGAAUUGCAUUCAAGCCUUCAGAUUGUAAUCGUAAUACAUACCUCCCCCUGCCAAUCCAUGGAGAACAGGCUGGCAGUAGCAGCAGUGAGCAUGGCUCUGUUUCGCCAGACUCUGAUGCACAGCAUGACAUGUUUUUCGAAAGGCCAAAGAGAUCUAUUUCAGAGAUUCAGACAAGGCAUCCCAUUUCCCAUUUACUAAGUGCACCUGAUGAGGGCUCAGCCUCAGAGGACAGGAGCACCUCUCCUUCCAUUGAGGACAAGGAUUCUGGUCUGUUUCUGCUGAGGAAGGACAGUGAACGCCGAGCAAUCCUGUAUAAAAUCCUUAAGGAAGAACAGAAUAAAGUUGCUUCCAAUUUGCAGGACUGUAUUGCACAGAGCUCUGAAGAACUGCAACUUUCAGUGGCCCACAUCAAGCAAAUUAUUGGGAUUUUAAGAGACUUCAUACGCUCUCCUGAGCAGAGAGUGAUGGCUUCUACCAUAUCCAAGCUGAAAAUGGAUUUGGACUUUGAUAGCACUUCCAUCAAUCAGAUUCAUCUGGUGCUGUUUGGAUUUCAGGAUGCUGUGAACAAAGUAUUAAGAAAUCACUUAAUAAGGCCCCACUGGAUGUUUGCAAUGGAUAACAUAAUUCGCCGUGCAGUCCAAGCAGCAGUCACUAUACUUAUUCCAGAGCUUCGAGCUCACUUUGAGCCAGUGUCAGAAACUGAAGGUGGGGAAAAAGACGGAGAUGAAGCAGAGGACAGUUUCCAGCCCACUGAACAAAACAGGGCUGAGGAUCCCACCACCACAUCAGGAGUCAGCACCCUCAGUUCUGUGGUGUCCCAUGAGGCUCAGCAGCAGCUUAGCCUGGAGCUGGGCAGACUUAAACAAGAGACUUUAAGCCUUUUGGAAAACCUUGUUCAGAAGGAGAAAGAGUAUCAGACCCUCUUACGACAAUCUCUGGAGCAAAAAACUCAGGAAUUACACUUGCUUCGAUUAAAACUUAAACCUGAAGGUUAUGAGGAGAUACUGCACACUUUGACAGACUCCAACUGGUCUGCCACACCUUUUAGAGCGAAUGCAGACCCUGAGCUCAUGAACUGGUUGAAACAACAAGGAGCAGACUCGCAUGCUAUUAAAAGGUUUGCUGAAGAAGAUUAUACACUAAGUGCUGUCCUUAACGAUAUCACUAAGGAUGACCUGCGCUACCUUCAGCUGCGGGGUGGUCUUCUCUGCAGGAUUUGGAAUGCAAUAUUAAACCACCGACAAACAUCUGGCAAGACCUCUGCGCAGGUGGUUCAUGCUUUGGAAGGAGAACAUGACAUGGGAAUAAACAAAUGAGAACUGCAUUCACUACACUUCAAUUAUUAGAUGUAUAUAUACAUGUCUGUACAGUGGCCUUGCAGGUUUUGCACGGCGAUGUAGCUUGUUUGACCUUGAGUGUAACACACAGUGACUAGUACAGCUUUUAUGUCAGUGUCAAUGCACUUAAAUUAUUUCUGACAGAGUAAUGCAGAAGUCAAAUGCUUAUCACUGUAACCUAAAGCAUUAGCUGAGGAAAAAAAAACAUCUUUUCUGCAAACUGGGUACCACACACCUGAAUUGGCUUUAGCAUUGUGAAAACUCUGAACAUUAACAUGUUACAGCUCUGGCGGUUGGAGCAGGGAGGGGAUGUGCCAGAGCUUGUGGCACCUUUUCCCACAUGCCUGUAUAAAACUUUUAUAUAAACUAUUAAAGCUGCCUUCACAGAACUCCUAAGAAAAGCCUGGUGCAAUGUUUUCCUUUAGUAACGUACCUGCAGCAAACCCACAGCAUCUAAAGGGCAUUUCUGGUGGUUUGGGGAAGAAAAUGGUUCAUUAAGAAACAAAGCAAACACAUUACUAGGUAAGUGGUGUUGAAGCUUAUUUUUUUUUAACUGUACAUAACAAUCCAAAGACAAGUCGAUAAAGCAGAUACAAAGCAAUUUCAGUAAGCUGCGGCUUUAACUCCUUCUGAAACAACUUUCAGCAUGUUUA